UGUGGACAAACCUUUGCACAUUGUAGAAACUAAACACCAAAAGUUUUAACAAGCUAAUACAUUUAGAAUAUACCUAGAAUUUGUUAAAUAAAUGAUUAAGAGGCAUUUGCAAUAAUGGAGUUUCCAAAUGUUUGUUAAAAUAGCUUCUUUAGUUAGAUUUUAGUUGAUCCAUCCUCAAUAUAAAAAUACUUGCAGCCUUGAUAUGCCCUUUAGGUCAAAUAAAAUACAUACUACAGAUAUAAAUCAGAAAUAAUGUAAAUAUCACUUGUAUGCAGUACUUUUAGACACCGUUCAUAAAUUAGCUGUUGUAGGAACUUAAAAUAUUAUUUUUAGCAUCCUUUAAUGAAACUAUCAUAAGAAAUAUAACUUUGAUCCACUAUUAUAACAGGUUUAAAACAAUUCUAGUUUAUUUGAGUCACUUUGACUAGAAGUCCUCUCAUUACACUGUGGGGAUCACUGGCCAAUUCAACAUAAUUGUGUCAUUUUUAACCCGCAGCUCUUGAACACUCACUAAAAUACCUGGUGGGAGGAGCCACGUGACGUUCACUUCCGCAACAACUGAGGUCAGAGAGGUAGAACAAAACAUGGGGGGCGAGGUAUCACUUUGGAUCCUUUCCGUGCUUUUAAACAAUUUCGGAGUGCGGCUCUUGAAUUGUGGGAGACUGUAUGGCUGUUUGAAUGGGUCCGGGGCCGCAGAGAGACACGAGAGCUUGCUGACUUUAAUUCAGUUAUCGACCAGGUACUUUAAUAAGACUCAUUUACACUACAGCACAGACUAACAUAUCGAGUAGAUACAUUUAAGUCCAAAAAAGAUGUGGCCAUAUCAAAUUAUGAUACCUGUCGCUGUUUUCAGAUACCUGCAAAGUCUGAAUCCUCUUUAACAUAGACGAUCUUCGAUACCGGUGUCCACUUCAGUCAAUGCCGCUUCAUUCCCUCAAACCUAACUUACCUCAGUUAGACGUGGGCGAGGUCUAUUACCAAGUACCAUAUUUGCACUACUGUAUAAUUUAUUAUGAAUAGAGUGAGACUACAGUAAUUUAAUGAAUGUUCCCGCGGACACCUGGCUGGAUUUAAUAACAUGGAAGACUUUGAAACCUGACGCAACAACACAGCUCACCACCUGCUAAUAGCUAACUUAGGUAGGUUAGCAAUGUAUAACGUAGUGGAAAGUACUUAGACUGAUGUUGCAACCGGAUGCAACCUUGCUGGACAAUCAUACAGUGCGGGGACAGCCUAUAAGUUACUGUUUAGUAGGGCCACCUCAUAUUUCCCCUUGUAGCUACGAGCCGCAGAAGACAGGAAGUAACUUCCUUCAAAAUAAAACAUGGGCAUCAAAGUAGCUGUGAGCUGCACUGUGUUGUACAUCCUACUGGAUGUGGUUGUCACCACCGUCCUAUACACACACGGAUCGCAGGUGAGCAUAUUUAAAAAGGAUGCCCUCAACUUUAACAUCCUCCAGUCAGCGUUGGACGUCUGGGGGACUGUCCUGCUCAGAGUCUCCCUCCUGCUGGGAGCCUCCAUAGGGGUGUUGUGGAAUAGAGAAGACGGUCCACCGAGGGUCGCUAAGCUCACCACCCUCAUUCUCUUCAUCUGUCUGAUCAUCAUCACCUUCACCCUGACCAAGCUGCUGAUGCUGUCCGAGCUGGGGCCUUUGAGCCACCAGCCCUGGAUCCUGAGCUUGAUAUGUUGGACUUGUGCCUCCUCUCUGGGUGUCAUGCUGCUCUGGUGGCUGCUGGGGAAGGAGUCCAUCUCUCCGAGCAGUCAUAACAGCAGCAGCAGCGGAGGUGGAAGGGGCUCUGAAGACACUGAAAAGCUGGUGGAGGCAGCUGGUGAGGAGGAGGACGAGCAGGAGGUUGGGUGUGAGAGAAAGAAGAGGAAGGAGGAGGGAAGCCAGGAGAAGGAGACCGGCUCUGGGGCAACACUGGGGCGUCUCCUGACCUACUGCAAAAAGGAUGGUGGAGUGCUGUCUGUAGCCAUCCUCUUUCUCCUCAUCUCUGCUGUGUGUGAGGCCUUCAUUCCUUACUACUACGGGAAAGCCAUAGACAGCAUUGUGGUUCACCAGAGCAUGGAGUACUUUGCUAAGCCUGUGAUCAUGGUGUCAGUACUGGCCUUAGCCAGCUCACUCGCGAUGGGAGUACGCGGGGGAGUCUUCACCCUAACGUUUGCGAGAUUAAACCUCCGGCUCAGGAACCAUCUCUUCAGAACUCUGAUGAGGCAGGAAAUUGCCUUUUUUGAUGAAAACCAUACAGGUGACAUCAUUUCGCGUCUGUCGGCUGACACCACCCAGGUGAGUGACCUCAUCUCCCAGAAUGUCAAUAUCUUCCUGCGGAGCACCAUCAAGGGCGCCGGCUUCUUCAUCUUCAUGUUUGGGAUGUCCUGGAAGCUCACCCUGGUGACCGUCAUGGGAUUCCCUUUCAUCGCCCUCGUCUCUAACCUUUAUGGCGAAUACUACAAGAAAUUAACCAAAGAGGUGCAAACAACCCUUGCGGAGGCCAAUAAAGUAGCAGAAGAAACCAUUUCAGCCAUGAGGACAGUACGGAGCUUUGCCAACGAGCGCAGGGAGGCAGACUCCUACUACGGCAAGCUUUUGGUCAUGUUCCAGCUCAACAAAAAACAAGCCCUGGCUUAUGCUUGCUACAUGUGGUCCAGUUGUAUCUCAGAGCUCGCUUUAGAGGUUGCUAUCCUGUACUAUGGCGGCCACCUCGUAGUAACCAAUCAGAUGAGCAGUGGUGCCUUGAUCUCUUUUUUCAUUUACAUGCUGGAAUUGGGAGAGUGUCUUGAGAGUAUAGCAUCAGUAUACACGGGCCUCAUGCAGGGAGUUGGGGCUGCUGAGAAGGUUUUCGAGUACCUGGACAGGGAACCCAAACACCCUGCUGAUGGCACAGAGGCUCCAGACACAUGCACCGGCCUGGUUGAGUUUAAAGACAUCACGUUUGCCUACCCUACACGCCCUGAGGCUGAUAUUCUCAAGGGAGUGUCAUUCACUCUGCGGCCCGGUGAGGUGACCGCCCUCGUGGGAACUUCAGGCAGCGGAAAGAGCUCCUGUGUGAGCCUGUUGGAAAACUUCUAUCUUCCUCAGCAAGGCCAAGUGCUGCUGGAUGGAAAGCCAGUGCACACCUUCCAGCAUGACUACCUCCACUCCAAGGUCGCUCUGGUGGGCCAGGAGCCUGUGCUGUUUGCCCGGACGGUCGAGGAGAACAUCACCUAUGGCCUGACUGACACCCCAAUGGAGGCUGUGACGCAGGCAGCCACCAAGGCUAAUGCUCACGAUUUUAUCACCUCCCUCCCUAAAGGCUAUGAGACGAGUGUUGGAGAAAAAGGCACCCAGUUGUCAGGGGGGCAGAAACAGAGGGUGGCCAUUGCCAGAGCUCUGAUCCGUAACCCUCGUGUCCUUAUUCUGGAUGAAGCCACCAGCGCCCUGGAUGCAGAGAGUGAACACAUCGUUCAGCAGGCUCUGAACAACAUUAUGCAGGAGCACACAGUGUUGGUGAUCGCCCAUCGGCUCAGCACGGUGGAGAAGGCCAACAACAUCAUCGUGAUCGACAGGGGCCACGUAGCCGAGCAGGGUUCUCACAGUCAGUUGAUGGCCAGCGGGGGGAUUUACAGUAAACUGGUGCAGAGGCAGGUCCUAGGCAUCGAGACAGGGGCGGAGGUCCUCAACCCGUCCGAAAAACUCAGCUGGAAGUCUGACGGUGGAAGGCAGCGGAGACGACAAAGCAGCAGCAGCGGCGGCAGUGACACUGAGUGCAACAUGCGCUACUGAGAAUGAACUGCAGUAGAAAUGGAAUUGGACUGCUGGAUGUUUUUGUGGGUUUAUGGCAUUUUAGGAUUUUUUGAAAUUGAAACCAUAUGUACUGUAUAAGUUAUUUUGUGGAGAUCACAGCUUCAGUAGUAUCAAGUGUAACCGUUAUCAUGGAAAGAGGAGACAAAAUCCUCAGAAUUGACCUCAAAACACUUCUAUCCAUUAUUAAGUGAAAAAAAAAUAGUUGAAUGUAUCAAAAGACGGUCACUAGAAUUAUAACUUGAGGGGCCACCGUAAUUAUGUUUACUAGCAGGAUUUAAGAAUAGACAGCAACAUGUUGCUGUUGAUGAGCUUGUUUGUUUAUUCUAUACCUCAUCAUUGCAGUCUAGACAAAUAAAUGACUCUGUUAAUGUCUUCCUCAGGAUUGGUUUUUGCUUUUAUAUUGAUUUUACAGUAGAAGAUGUGGAACUUCUUUGUGUUUCAUUUCAAGGCUGUUCACAUAUGUUAUUUGUUAUUCCUCAAGUAAGCACUGCAAUGACUACAAAGAAGAGAACUGAAUGCACUAUAGAGAUCUGCUGCUGUCUGUAGAGAGGACAAACCAAUGAAUGACACUACAGAUACUUGAUGUAAUUGUGUAAAUCACUGUAAGCAAUAAACACAUGCACUGAACAGUGUAAAAAAUA